AUGAAAAUAAAUAGUCAAUUAGGAAUAUAUCAGAAAGUUUCAAGUAGAGCUGAAAAUAGAUUAUGGCAAAAAAUAAAAAAAAACUUAUAUAGAGAAUUUGUUCACUCAAAUAUUCUUGAAACUACUGAUCUUUCUCUUCAAGAAAUAAGUAAUAUUAAAUUAAUAUGUAGUGAAAUUAUGAAGCGAAAUGGCACUUGCUAUUUAAUAAUUGAAAAUAUAAAAAAACUUCUGCUUCUAAGAGGGAUUAAGUCGUUAAGAAAACCAGAAGUAAUUAAUCAAUUAGUAUAUUAUUCAAAUUAUAUUGAAUUUGUAGAGAAAAGUAUUAAUAGUAUUAUAAUAAAAUAUAAUCAUGAAAUAUUUUCGACUAUUAGAAUGAUAGAAGAAAAGCAAAGAAGAGUUGUAAUUAGAAAUAUAUAUAAUGUAUUACGUAGUGGUGUAGGACUACAAAGUAGAAAGCAACCAGCAUAUUAUAUCAGAGUAGCAGAUUUACAAUUAACAAGAUCUCUCAAAUUUAUAUCUAAAAUUGAAUUGAGACAACUUAUUAUUUGGCAAAUUGAAAGAGUUAUUCAUCAAUUAGCACAAAUAAGUUUAAAAUAUAGGUCAUGGAUAUCUCAUAUAACCUUAGCAGCUGAUUUUAGUGGAACAAAUUCUAUAUCCAAUUCAGCUGAAUUUCAAUUAUUUGUUGAUUUGUUAAGUGAAAUUUUAGAGGCUUAUUCUCCAAUAUUUAUUAAUUUUGUAAUUAUUCAUAAAGUUAAUGAUCUUGGAGUUAAUAUUUGGAGAGUUCUAGACAAAAUGAAUAAAAGGCUUCACUUAAAUUCAGUUAAGACAUUAUUUACAGAAACUGAUAGUGAAUUAUGGAAUAUGUUUAGUUCUAUGAAUGGACCAAUUUUACAUUCUAGAGGUGGUUUUAUUAAUAAUACUUGUAUAUAUCCAAUAUGUAAUAGUUCAAGUGUUAUAGAAGAUCCAAGAUUUUCUUAUACAAAGGAAAUUAUUGAAAAUAAUGAUAAUAAGAACAUGUAUGAUUUAGAGAAUUUUGAAGUUUUUUUUGAAUCUCUAAAGCCUAAUCUUUGUUUCUCAGACUUUAGUUAUUUGUGUCUUCAAUUAUUGGAUAUUUCAGAUCGCGACUAUUAUAAUUUUAUAAAUGACUAG